AUGAAUACUCCUAGUUUUAAUUGCGUCACUGAAAAUGGUGAGAAAAAAUUCAUACCCAGUAACGAGUUCGUUCUGCAGAAACAUGCUGCAUUUUUCGACCGGAAUCAUGACGGCGUCGUUUAUCCUUGGGAGACUUUCAAAGGAUUUCGUGCAAUUGGGAGUGGCAUCCCAUUGUCUAGCUUAGCUGCACUCUUCAUCAAUAUUGGUCUCAGUGGCAAAACUCGACCUGAGAAAUGUCCCAACCUACUUUUCCCCAUUGAGAUUCGAAACAUACACCGGGGAAAACAUGGGAGUGACACUGGUGCCUACGACAGCGAAGGAAGGUUCGUUCCUUCAAAGUUUGAAGAGAUAUUCAAGAAGCAUGCUCUCACACAUUCUAAUGCCUUGACGUCAGAGGAAGUGUCGCUGCUAUUAAAAAGUAACCGACAACCAAAGGACUACAAAGGAUGGCUAGCCGCCUGGACAGAAUGGAAGAUUCUAUAUAUUCUUUGCAAGGAAAAGAAUGGUUUGCUGCGCAAAGACACAGUUAGAGCUGUUUAUGAUGGAAGCUUGUUCGAGCGGAUGGAGAAGGAACGUUUGUCAGCCAAAAAGAUAGAUUCUGUGUCUUUUGCGUAAAGCUGGAGAGUUGGUGGGAUUUUCUGGGUGUCGUUUAGCCUAACGCAGUAGUGGUGUGCAUGUACUUUGUAAUGUGGAACUUCACGUGUUUGUGUUCUUGUUUAUAAUUUAUGGAAGAGUUUGGUUUUAAAGAAAAAAA